CGCGCAGCCCGCUCCGGGCCGAGGUUUUUCAUCUCCAAGAACGAGCAAUACCCAAACUGAAGGAAAAUACACUGCACAAAAUAUUAAGAAAACUCAUUUUUUGAAAACAAAUUUAUUUGGAGAAGCUGAUUUCCUUUGGCUAGCAGGAGAAAGUGGAGAAAAUGAAGCCAAGUCUGAGAUUUUUCUUAGCUGGUUUUCUGCUGUUGAUUCUGCAGACAGGGCUUUGCUACGGGAUAAAAUGGAUAGCUCUGUCCAAGACUUCUUUGGCUUUGGCCCUGAAUCAAACCCAGCACUGCAAGCAGCUUGAAGGGCUGGUGGUUUCUCAGGUGCAGCUGUGCCGCAGCAACCUGGAGCUGAUGCAGACCAUUAUUCAGGCAGCGCGGGAAGUGAUAAAGACCUGCCGGAAAACCUUUUCAGACAUGAGGUGGAACUGCUCUUCAAUAGAGCUGGCUCCUAACUACCUGCUGGACUUGGACAGAGGCACAAGGGAGUCAGCAUUUGUAUAUGCCCUCUCUGCUGCUGCCAUCAGCCACACCAUUGCCAGAGCCUGCACCACCGGGGACCUCCCUGGCUGUUCCUGUGGUCCCAUCCCAGGUGAGACACCUGGACCUGGGUAUCGAUGGGGAGGAUGUGCAGACAACCUCAACUAUGGUCUUAUCAUGGGGUCCAAAUUUUCAGAUGCUCCCAUGAAGAUGAAAAAAUCAGGAUCACAAGCCAAUAAACUGAUGCAUCUGCACAACAGUGAAGUAGGGAGACAGGUCUUGAAAGCCUCUCUUGAAAUGAAAUGUAAGUGCCAUGGAGUUUCUGGGUCAUGCUCUAUCAAGACCUGUUGGAAAGGCCUUCAAGAACUGCGAGACAUUGCAUUGGACCUCAAAACCAAAUAUUUAUCUGCCACCAAGGUUGUUCACCGGCCCAUGGGCACACGCAAAUACCUUGUGCCAAAGGAUAUUGAUAUCAGGCCAGUCAAAGAGACAGAGCUGAUUUACCUGCAGAGCUCACCUGAUUUCUGCAUGAAGAAUGAAAAAGUGGGGUCACAUGGGACCCAGGACAGGCAAUGCAACAAGACUUCCAACGGGAGUGACAGCUGCGACUUGAUGUGCUGUGGCAGAGGCUACAACCCCUACAUGGACAAGGUGGUGGAGCGUUGCCACUGCAAAUAUCACUGGUGCUGCUACGUGACCUGUAAAAAGUGCGAGAGGACUGUCGAGAGAUAUGUGUGCAAAUAAAAACUCUCCUCUGCACACCUAGGAGCUCAGGCAGCAGCAGCAGCACCCCAGAACUAUUCACAGAAGACAUCUCCUUGACUAGACACCAUUUAUCUUGUAAAGACACUGACUUGAGGAGAGAUGGUAGGAGGAAAAGCAACAAUCACACCAGUAAAAAUAAGAACGUAAAAAAACCUCCCAAAAGGCAACAGACCCACAAAUGUUUCUCCUCACCAAUAAAAUGCUCUCUGAGAAGACAAAACUUCAUUUGGGAUGGUAUCUUCUUCCAAAAUAUUUCCUAUGGUUGCCAAUGAUGUCCAGCCAUCAAGUGCCUUAGUAUUCUGAGAAAUGAAUAUGGAAACUUCCCCUGGGGGGAAAAAAAGGCACCAUUUGUUUGACAGUAACUAAGACUCACAGCAGCCUGUGCCUUCUAGCACACGUACUGAAUCUCCAUUAGGACCAUCCCACAAGGGAAAAUGCUACAACUUUUCAGCAAUAACUGCCUUUGUUUCAAAGACUUAAUUUUCAGCAAGGAAUCAUCCAUUCUGAAUGAUAAAAAAGUGGAAAGAUUUCAGGUCAAUCCUCUGGAAUGAACAACUAAUUUUAAUCUUUCUUUAACACAGGUCUGCCACUUUGAGCUGAUUGCUGAAGGAAAAUAUAUCCUUGAUUCACCCAGGCUGGACAAAAUUCAGCCAUGAAAAAAAAUCCCCUGGAAUCCUGGAGGCAGUGAGAGUAGGGUAGGCUGAGAAGGACUUUAUGGGGUCCACAAGAUAGCAGUGGAGGCUUUAGGAUAAAAUAACAGAACGAAAUCCAAGUCCAGUGGGAAAGUAAAGAAAAACAGCAAGCGCCUGCUCUCUAUCUCUUUGCCCUUUGGGUGUGAUACCCUUAGUCACUGACAUUCUUCCACAUUGAUCUAUCAAAUCCUUGGGGAAAUGUGCCACUGGCUUCUUCCCCCACAAAACUAUUGGUCCAACCUCAGGAAACUGCAGAGAGUGGAGCAGCCCUGGCUGUAGGGAGCACAUCCAUGGAAGUCAGCAGCUACUGGAAGUCAGCAUCCCUGGAAGUCAGCAGCUAUUCACAGCAGGAAGGAACAGGAACCUGUCAGUCCUUCACCUGGCUCUGCCCUGACACAGCAGAGAACCACUAUCUGUGGCUGUACAUAUUUUCUUUUGUAUGCAGAUAUACAGAAAUAUUUAUAUCUUGUGCUUUCAUCUACUUUACUUCCUACAUAAAUAUAUCCUUAUAUUAUAAACAAGCAUUAACAAUAGUAUGAAAUAAAUGCUGAAGUUACUGGU